GCGUGGGUGACGGAGGUGGGGAACCAGCCGCACCGACAGCGCGGUCGAGUUGGGGGUGCUCGUGGAGGGUGGAUCCGGCAACUCCCGGAGAGGCAGACGGAGGCAGACCGGCGGGUGCUGGGAACUGAGUUGCAGGCAGUUCUCGUGGGUCUGUGAAGAAGUCGGUGGCCCCAGCGGGCACCAUUCAGAUUUAAGAAAAAGGAGAAAUCACUUCUGGCUCUAUUGAAUAGUAAUAAUUAAGUGACACUGGAAACAAUGGCACUACCAUUUCGGAAGGACUUAGAAAAGUACAAGGACCUGGAUGAAGAUGAGCUCCUCGAGAAGCUGUCAGAAACAGAACUGAAACAGCUGGAAACUGUUCUGGAUGAUCUUGACCCUGAGAAUGCCCUCCUGCCUGCAGGGUUCCGGCAGAAGAACCAGACCUCAAAGCCUGCCACGGGGCCAUUUGAUAGAGAGCACCUUCUGUCAUAUCUGGAGAAGGAAGCUUUGGAGUAUAAGGAUCGGGAGGACUAUGUGCCCUACACUGGAGAAAAAAAAGGGAAAAUAUUUAUCCCUAAACAGAAACCUGUACAGACUUUCACAGAAGAAAAGGUAUCUCUUGAUCCAGAAUUAGAAGAAGCUUUGACAAGUGCUUCUGAUACAGAAUUGUGUGACCUUGCAGCUAUUCUUGGGAUGCACAAUUUGAUAACAAAUACACAGUUCUGUAAUGUAGUUGGAAGUAGUAAUGGUGUCGACCAAGAACAUUUUUCAAAUGUGGUAAAAGGUGAGAAGAUUCUUCCAGUUUUUGAUGAGCCACCAAAUCCAACCAACGUUGAAGAGAGUUUAAAGAGAAUUAAAGAAAAUGAUGUUCGUCUUGUUGAAGUUAAUUUGAAUAAUAUAAAGAAUAUUCCAAUUCCGACCCUAAAAGAUUUUGCAAAGGCUUUGGAAAAGAACACACAUGUGAAAUAUUUCAGUCUUGCAGCCACGCGGAGCAAUGACCCCGUUGCUAUUGCUUUUGCAGAUAUGCUGAGAGUGAACAAAACUUUGAAGGGCUUAAAUAUGGAAUCCAACUUUAUUACGGGAGUGGGGAUUCUAGCACUCAUUGAUGCUUUACGAGAUAAUGAGACCCUGACCGAGCUCAAGAUUGACAACCAGAGGCAGCAGUUGGGGACAGCUGUAGAAUUGGAAAUGGCCAAGAUGCUUGAGGAAAAUACAAACAUCCUUAAAUUUGGGUAUCAGUUUACACAGCAGGGACCCCGAACCAGGGCAGCUGAUGCUAUAACGAAAAACAAUGACUUAGUUCGCAAGAGACGAGUCGAAGGAGACCACCAGUAAGGCCGCCACGGCAUAACCCUUGGAGGACUCCAAGAGGUCCUCGCGGACUCGUGUUGGUGAUACCGGAUAGAAAUUUUCCUGGGUAGAAGGGAAAAGACUGGAACUCUUUCUUUGUUGUUUUGGUUUCUUUUUUUUUUAAACUACAUGUAUUUUUUUUUUUUUCUAGUUUAAGUUGCCAGUUUCAAAUUGUAAAACAGUAGGUAAUAUUUUAUAUUUUAAAGCAUUAUUUUUACUUUCUGCUAAAAAUCAAUUUAAAUUUAGCUUAAUUGAAAGGUUUAUUAUGGGUCUUAGUAAAAAAAAAACAAUUAUAAGGAAGUUUAGGAAGUCACUCAUAUAGAAUAAUAUGAACAUUUUAAGGACCAAUCUUUUUCUUUUUUUUUUUUCUGUUUUUUUUUUAUCUAAAAGGGACGUUGGCUGAUAUCAGAAUUGCUGUUGCACCUCCUAGGUAAAAGGCACUUCAAAACUUUCCUUAUUUCAGGACAUGGAGAGUUUUUCAUGUUUUAGAAUGCAUGAACUUGGCAAGAGUGUGGUUUUUGCUUCUAGCAAUAAAGCACAAUGCCAGAAUUUUUUAAACAGAUAACUCAAAAUCUAGUCAUCCAUUCAGAAAUAAAAGCAGAUCUGUAGGUCUCUGGGAGAGAGAAAAUGCAUUCCAGGUUACUGCCCUUGUCUGAUAUGUCUUAGUAACACCUAAAGUUUUAAGACUAUGGUGAUGUCUAAACUCAUUACAGUUUUUCACUUCAAUAAUGUGGACAUUAUUAAGUUUUGUGAAAGCCCAUAGUAAGAAGCAUCUGAGUAGGAAAGCUAUUUUCCUGUAAAAGGCAUAUAGCUAACUCACGGUUAUAUAGGGUAAAAAAAAAAAAUAAGAAACUGUUGUUAAACACAUGAAAUCAAAGAUAGCAGUAAACGAGAUGGUUAUGAAGUCUGAGGAGCAUGCAAACGGUCAUUUGAACUGAUAGUUACUGUAAAGUGAAUUAGAAACAGUCAUGCGUAUAAAUCAGGUGUUGCUCAUAUAAUGAGACAUUCUUGUGUGCAGUGCAGGAUUCCAUAAAUGGUAUUUAAUCACCACUCACUACAAAUUUUCCAACCAGUAAGGAAAACUGCUCUUCUUCCUAAAUCCAAUUUUUAUUAUCAGUUUCCUUUCAUUUUGUGCUUUUUUUGGUCCAUAUUGUGUAAAAGUAAUUUUUCAUAACAAAAGAUGUCUUCCUGUUACUCAAAGUGUCAAAGUGAACAAUUGAACAGUGUGCUGUUUUGGGAAGACUGACUGCAGAACCAGCAGAGGAUUUGGACCUGUGUCCUUGCCUUGCCUCAAGCAGCCUCUCGAGAAGGAGCCAGCAGGGGCGUCACAGCUACCAAGGGAAGGGCCAAAGGAGUCUAGCAACCCUGGCCUCAGAGAUUCAGGCCUCGCUGUAUCUUUUACAGGGAGAUUUUUCUAAAGGAAAGAAUCUCAUUUCAGAGUAGCAGAGAGGUUUGCUGUUAAUGUUUUCAUAAAUUUUUAAUUGAAUUACAAAAUGUCUGCUUCAGUUUACGGUGGACAGUUUAUCCAGUGAGGUAGGCAGCUUCUUGUGUACUGUGGUAAUAAGCCUUCUUAACAGGGUGUGUUUGUUUCUUUGAAUCAGUAUUCAACAUUUUAAAGGGGCCAAAGAUUGACUUUGCACUAUUUCCUUUCAGUUAUAGGCUGCUGAUUUUUUUUUUUUAAGUUAGCAAGUUUCUCUUUCUCUCUCCUCUUUUCAUAUACAACUUUGGAAAUGUACUUGAUUUUAGAGACUGCACUGUUCCCGCAGGGUGGGAAGCCGGCAUGGAGCAGGUAUAUAAGGCUACCAUUACACUUUGAGCAAGGCUCCCUGCUUGCACUGUCCUGUAGGUCAGUACAUUGAUAAACACGUUAUCCCUUCCUCCCGUUAAGUUUUUUCUUUUUUUAACAUAACUAGGUGAGACCUUACCUAGAAUUGUAUAUCAUACUCAUGGGUAAUAUCUUUAUCACUUAUUAUUUAUCAAAGUAUGAAGAAGUUGAGUGUUUUGCUUAUACCAUUCCAUUUCUGAGCUAUAAUAGUUCAUUAUAUAAUUGAAGAAAAGAUUUCUUCCUAAAUAAUAUUAAAAGUGAAUGUUUAUCUGAUUGAAUACAGAAAAAUCUUUCAAGAAUUGUAGUUACAGGGGAGAAAAACUGAUGUUUACUUUGAUCUUUAAAAAUCUGGCACUUCUUAACCUUUUAGUAACUUUCGGGAUUUCUACAUUGCUCUAAAAUUUUGUAAUAGAUUAGGGUUGUGAAGUAGUCUUGAUUUUUAAACCAAAGACAUUAUAAGACCUUAAACUUUAUAGUUUAACCGGUUUAAACUUACCAGGUUAUCUAGUCAAAGAACAUUCUUUGCGUUUUUAAAUUGAUGUUUUCUAAAACCUUUUAAUUUCCCAUUUUAUAAAAUUUUAUAUUCAUACUUGUCCAAAGUUCUAAUUUUUCUAGUAUGUCUACAUGAAAUUGUAUUUUUUAAAAUGUUAAUUACUAAUGUUGAUACUAUUAAAAUUGAUUUUGGUGCUAUAUACUUGUAGCUAGUAUAUAGAAGUCUAAAGUACAGGAGAAAUAAAGUAGACGAUAAGGGUGCCUGUCAUUUAAAAGACCAAAUAAACAUUUUGUGUUUUAGAAAAUAAAGAUACCAAGGAGGAUUAUCUUGAUUGUUAAAUUACAAAUUCUUGUUAUUUGAAUGAAAUAACCCACAUAUUUGCUGUAUGCGGUAGGUGCACUCUGGAAAAGUUACAUGUAAAUAGAACUUUGUAAAUUGUUUUUCCAUUGAUAGUAUCUGAUGUGUUUUCAUUUAAAAGUGGAAUACCAUAUUAAAAAAAUUAUAAAAGGAAAAAUGUUUUGAUAAAAUGUUAGUCAUGUUCUAUUAUAACAUAUUUAACCAUUGUUGCCAUUAAAAUAA